AUGUCCGCCGAAACAUUCACAGCCAUCGACGAAAAGCUCUCCAAUCUAGAUCCAUCUACCACCACCAACACAGAAUCCGUCCUACCUACAACCAUCGACAAUGAACCAUUACCAUUCUGGCUCGUGAACGUACCGCGCGAUCAAUGGCCGGCGUCAUGUCCUGAGUUUCUCAAGGAGCAAUCCGAUAAGAACAUAGGGAUACUGGCUACGCCGGACGAGGAGUAUCAAUGGAUUGGCUGGGAGAGGGUUAAGGAGUUAGUUCAAACGAAUGAGAUCGGGAAAUUCCAACGUCUACCGUCCGAUUUGAGGAGGUAUCUGGAAUACAUGUUCCAUCUAAAGCAAAAGUAUGGCUCAAUUAUGGACUUUGUGGUUUCUGAGAGAUUACAUUGGAAUCAAGAAGGGGGUUUGCAGCCGCGAGGGGAGCCGUUUGAAUUUGAUGAUGAUCUCAAGAUUCUGUUUAAUGAUUGGCCAUACGGUCUCGAGAAAGGGAUUGUCCAUCUAGUCAUCUGGACCAAGUUUGAGCUUGAAGAAGAUCCUGCUACAGGCCUUUUGACGGAGUCUAUGUGGAAGAAGAUUGAAGAUUAUGUUGAGAGAGUCUUUCGCUCUCAUAUACCCGCUGAUCAGGUGGUGUGGUUCAAGAAUUGGAAGUCUCUCAAGUCUAUACAUGCGAUUGAGCAUUUCCACGUGAUGCUUAAUCAUCCAGACCCUGAAUUUAUCAAGGAGAUCACGAACGGGGAUGUUCCCUUGGUAGAGAAGGUGACGCAGGGAAGGGCUCUGUGA